UUACUCAUGAGAGCGGUACCACGCGGCGGAUGAUUGUUGUCGAAAAGUACGAACUUCGUUCGGCUGCCUCUUUCUCCAUUCCCAUUGACUAAUCCGCACAUCUGAACUCGGAAUACAAAUAUUCUGGCAAGAACGAAGCCUCGAAGUGCCGCGGUAUUCGGAGGAAAAAACGCUUGUGCUCGAAAAAUACUAAUAACAGUUACGAGUCGAACACACCGGGUUCGAGUACGAAAAUAAUAACAACAACUACUGCCACGAGAAAGAUAAAAAACAAAACAAAAGGUGGAAAAGCAACAACAAGGCCAAGAAGAAGCAUCGCAAACUUCUGCUCUGGUUUGCAGCGGGUGUGUGUAUGCGUGCCUGCGAGUUGUGCGAGUGUAUCUGAGUGUGCCGAGCGGUAUCCGUGAGUUUGCGGUGUUUUUUGUGCGUAAAUGUGUGUGAAUGUGCCAAAGCCAAGAAUCAAAGUGCAAAGCAAAAUUGAAUAAUUUCUCUCGCUCCCUGUGUGCCGCACAUUCGCAGUGAAAUUAAAGUCGCUGAUAAAGGCAAAUAAUAAUAAUAAUGCCCAAACUCGGUUGGCGUGAAAAGUGAGCUGAAAGCUGGAAACAAGAGUAACACAAUGGCAGUGGCAGCCGCGGCCUGCAGAAUCGUUACGUAACAGCACCUUGCGUGGCAGCAUCCUUACGGGAAUCGCAAACGGAAAAAGGAAUCGCAAUUCAAAAUAAAAAUAGUGUCAACGUCAAAUUCGGCCAUGCUGCAACUUUCGGGAGCUUGAACGCAUUCUUCUUUCUCUCUCUAUACCCCCUUCUCUCUGUCUCUUUCCACCUCUGCCUAUUUUUCUCCCCUGCCGCGACCCCAUCGCCCCAUUUUUGUGUUUUUGUUUCUGAGCGAAGCGAACGAAAUGUCAACUUCCACAAUAACAACAACAACGACAGUGGCCGCCGCCCCCUCAACAUCGGCGCCGCCCACGCCCACAGCAGCAGCAGCAUCGGGGGCCGCACGCACUGCCGACUGCCGCAAAUUCACGCCGAACAUUUUCAACAAGAGCAAGUGCAGCCACUGCUUCCGGCAGCGAGAGGAGCACUCGGCGUCCGCCUUGGAAUGCAAUAGGCGAACGGGUCUGACUGAACCAGCAUCGCGAAAGGUCUCUAAAUGUGGAUAUUUAUUUGUGGCGCCAGAUUGGGACUUUAGCAAUCCAUUGUACAGAACAAAGCGCUGGCAAAGACGAUGGUUUGUUCUCUAUGACGAUGGCGAGCUAACGUAUUCUGUGGAUGACUAUCCCGAAACCAUACCGCAGGCCUGCAUUGAUAUGACCAAAGUGCUGGAAGUGACCAGCGCCGUGGAGGUGACGGGUCAUCCCAACUCAAUCGCCAUAGCUGCCCCGGAACGCGUGACCUUCGUGAAGGGAACCAGUUCGGAGGAGUCUCAAUGGUGGCUCAACAUCCUGGCGGCGUUUCCGAAGUCGAAGGGCCGCCACAAGCGCAGCGCCACCCUGCCUGGUGGCCAGGUUGUGGGCAGCCUGCGUCAGGCGGGCAACAGCGAACUGACGCUCGCGACGAAGCUGGGCAAUCGGCACAGCUCUUAUCACAAGGACACGCUGACGUCCUCGCAGUCGGCGGGCAACCUGCUUAGCACUCUGGAUCUGGGCCCCAGUACCACGAAGACAUGCUCAGCGGCUUUGACCACCACACAGACUUCUCUCGCUGAUGACGAAGAGGACGACGGCGUGGAAACGGGUGAGGAUGUCGAAGAUGAUGAGGAGGACGAUGAGGAUUUGCCAAGGAAGACGAGUGCCGCCAGCACAACCAGCUGCUUAAGCGGACAGGACGAAAACAAUCGAAAUGCGGGCAACGAGAUUACAAAUCGAGUUUCCCAGCCCACCACCUGCCUCCUGAUCGAGGACAUUCGGCGCGAUGAAAAGACGAUCAAGGACAUCGCCAACACAAUCACGAACUUGAGCCAACAGCAGAACAAACGCUGGUCCACGGCGGUGAACAAUGCCCUGAACAACCAGCAUCAGCACCACUUCAGCCACCAUAGCCAGUACCAAUCAUCGCGGGAUGAGACAGACUUCCAGGUGUCCUCCAACAAAGUCAGCAACAAGACCCCGAGCACGGCCACUGAACGACCAAAGUCCCUGCCCCUGGCAGCCAACUCCACGCCAGCGAUUGUAUCGGCCAUAGUCAAAAAGAUUCCCACGGUCAUGGAGCAGGGGGAUAAGGCGAAGCCCACUGCCAGGCUGCAGUUGCACCUGAAGUCGCCGAAACACUACCAGCACGAGAGGGGCGACCCCGAUGGCGGAUGCAAUCUGGACGAGCUGUGCGUUAACUACAUGGCCAAGACAGAUGAGCUCCGAUCGGUGGGCAAGGCAGGCGGUAAGGUCUCCUCGGGUCAGGGCAAGCCUCCUGCCAAGGCCACCGCAGAGGAGUCCCUGAAUGCUAAGAAGGGUUGGCUCAUGAAGCAGGAUAAUCGCACGGGCGAGUGGUCAAAGCACUGGUUCACCCUCAGCGGAGCAGCACUCUUCUACUACCGGGAUCCCUUGUGCGAAGAGCGUGGAGUGCUCGACGGCGUCCUGGACGUCAAUAGCUUGACCAGCGUUGUAGCUGAGCCUGCGGCGAGUAAGCAGCACGCCUUCCAGCUGACAACCUGGGACAAGCAGCGCUUGCUCUUGGCCAGCUUGUCGCCCAGUUCGAGGAACAGUUGGCUGGCAGUUCUGAGGAGUGCCGCCGGUCUGCCUCUGCUGGAGACGCCGCCCCAGCCAACGGACAUUGAACAGGACUUUAUCAAGGCCCAGAUGCAGCAACCAACCUCCAGUCCCGUCACUCCUGGCACGCCGAUCGGUCCACACUUUUCUUCGGAUGAAGAGUACAGAACGGCCUCGGAGGGCGGCAGAAGAGACAGCUUGGACUGGGGAUCGCCAUUGUCCCCAUCGCCGCCAGUACUAAGAAGUUGCCUUCGCAACCGCAGCCUGGCCAGUUUGCACAAGCGGAGCCGGAGCUCACCGCCCAGCUCCCGGCGCAGUACGGUGGACAGUGUGGCCAGCGAUGAGCUGCCCCUGCUGGUGGUGCCAGAGGAGCUGCAGCCAUCCGAGAGCCGGGAGCUCAAGCAGCAGUGCGAGACACUUCGUGCGGAAGCCUCUCUGCGGGAGGCCCGCAUGUCGGAGCUCCUGGCCACCCUCCAAAGAACCGAGCAGCAGCUGACCGCCCGCCUGCAGGAGCAGCAGCAGCAACUGAACAGCGAGCUAAGUCUAGCAAAACAGAGUGCCUCCGACCUGAUGCACAACCUGAGCCUACAGCUGUCGGAGAGCCAGUGCCAGAUUAAGCAGUUGGAGGACCGCCUGGCCCAAGGCAUCGAGGAGAACGAGGGCCUGUACAAGCGUCUAAGGGAGCUCAAGGCGCAGGACAACAGCGGCGGCGGUCUAAGCAACCUGCAGCGUCACAAAAUCAAGCGCAUGGACUCGCUCAGCGACCUGACCACCAUCAGCGACAUCGAUCCCUACUGCCUGCAACGCGACUCGCUUGCCGAGGAGUACAAUGAGCUGAGAUCCCGGUUCGAGAAGGCGGUCAAUGAGAUCCGGGCCAUGAAGCGAGAGCUAAAGCAGUCUCAAAAUCAAUACGAUGCCCUGGAACUGGCGCAGGCCGCUCUGCAACAAAAGCUGGAGAGGCGACAGCACGAGGAUGGAGCCCAGCUGCAAUUGAUGGCUGCCCGGAUUCAGGAUCUGACAUUGAAGUACAGCAGCUCCGAGCGCCAGGUGCGAGGUCUCAAACAGAAGUUGGCCAAGUCUGAGCGGCGCCGCUCGCUUUCCCUGAAGGGGAAGGAGCAACUGGAACUAAAGCUGAGCGAGCUGCAGAAGGAAACGGUGGACAGAAAGGAGGGCACACCUCCCGAAUCCUCCAGCAGCGAGUCCAGCAGUCAGUCGCCCCUGAAUGCCCACCUCCUACAGCGCCUGCACAGCCUGGAGCACGUGCUCUUGGGCAGCAAGGAGCGCCUGGAGCAGAGCCUGUCCCAACUGCAGCAGAUACGGGCAGGCCAAAGGUCUCGUCGCUCCGUCUCCCCCAUAAACGACCGUAAGGACGGUCUCAGACAGCUGGAACGGGCUCUGGCGGAGACCUGCGUGAUGGUUAGUGAGCAGAUGGAGCUUACCUGCCUUCAGGAUGCGUGCCACAAGUGCUGCGACCUGCGGCAGCGGGUGGAGAAGCUCUCCGCCCUGCAGCAGCAAACCGAGACGGAUUUGCAGAGAAGCGAGCAGCUGCUGGAGCAGCGGGAGAGUGACCUGGCCCAGGCUCUGGAGAAGUGCGCCAGUCAGGAGCAUGAGCAGGAGCUACUCGUGCAACAGCGCAGGGAACUUAGCGAGGAGCUGGGCAGACAGCAGGAGCGCUGCCGACGCCUGGAGAAACGACUGGAGCUGCUGGAGCGGGAGCACGGGAAGCAGCUGGAGUGCCUGAGGGAAGUCUACCACAAUGAGCACACCAACGUCGCUGACGAGCUGAGCUUUCGCAAGCGGUACCAGACCGAAAUCGAGCAGCUAAGAACGCUCUGCGAGAAGGGCUUGAGUGCAAUGGAGACAUCGCAUCGUCGACUCACCUGUGACCUGGAGCAGAAACACAAGCUAGAGAUUGAGCGUUUACUGGCCGAGAAGGAAACCGCCUUGGCCGAGGAAACUCAGGCCACUUUGGCAGCUCUGGAUGCCAUGCGUAAGGCGCACCAGAGCGAAGUGCAGAGGGAGGUGGCACGUUUCAAACAAGAGUUCCUCCGCCAGGUCCAGAGGGGCGAGCACAUGCGGGGCGAUGGAGCCAAGCUGAAGGAGGAGGAUCUCGAGGAACUACGCCUGGAAAUUCUGUCAUUUUCUGAGAAGUACUCCAUCAAGUGUGUGGAGAAUGCCGCCUUGGAGGAGAAAUUGCAUAUGGCAAAUAGCAAACUGAGACACUUUCAGCAGAUGCAGCAAUUGGAACUAAGGAAUCAGCAAUUUCGUGCUCACCUGGCCUCCUCCGAUGACCCGGCGAGUGACGUCCACUUUGUCCAAGGCCUGACUACCGACUCCAGAGAGGGUGCCAAUAAUUGUGAGGAUAGCGAGCCUGCACCUCAAAUAGUGGGUAAAACAGCAACCAGAACCACAACCGUAGCAGCCGCAUCAGCGCCCUCAAGCGACACAGAGUCCAAUCCCGAUCCCGAUUCAGAUACAGACACAGAACCCGCCGUCGACUCAUCGCGAGCGCCACCCGUGAAAAUGCAGCAAAGCCUCCUCGUGAUACCCUCCCAUAUGCUAAACUGUUCCCCCGUGUCUGCCGCAAACGCUUCUGAUCAGAGUCCCGGCCGAGAUCUCGAUGGGCCCGAGGCUGGCUACGAGCCAUGCUACAGGCCCUUCGAUAUAUUCGCCAUCUAUCAGAAUCGUUUGAGCUUCCAAGGUCUGAGAGGCAGCUCCACCUUUGGCAAGAGUUUGCGAAAAUCCACUGCUCACCAGGCAUCACCAGCAUCAUCAGAACUAACCACGACAGCGCCGCCAACAACCUAUCCAAAUAAGCCCAGUCACAAGGAAUUGUUUAAAACGGCUGCCGUUAUUAACAUUCAGCAACAGCAACAACUCCCAAAUGAAAAAGCACAAUGAACAAAUCGAAGAUAAAAUCGAAAAAUGGAAAGCAAAAAAUGCAAUAACCAAGAGCAAGCAAACAACAAACAAAACCAGUGGAACAACCAAAGAAUAAUUAGUGCUAAUAAUAAAUAAAUAAAUAAUUAUAAAUAUUUAAAAAUAUAUUAAUAACCAAUCAACCAAAAUCCCGAAAAGCAAAUAUCAGCAAUUCUCUAACCGAGCGCAAAACUGGUUGACGAGCAUACACAACGAUGAUGAUGAUGAUGAUGUUGGUGAUGUAGACGAUGAGGAGCAAGACUUGAUGAGCUUCACGCGGAGAAAGGGAGGUGGAGAUGGAGUUAAGCUAACAACGACUGUUCACCCCCCUCCAGGGAUAAACUGGAAGGGACGUCGAGCAAUGAGAAAACUAACCCCAACAAGAACAGCAACAACGGCAGCAUCAGCAGUCGUAGCAGCAGCAGCAACUGCGCAACAAAGCAACAUAACAAGCAAGAAUUUUGGGCCAAAUUUAUGUAUUUAUCAUCUAUUCUAUCAUUGUAUCGUAUGUUAUUCUAUUGUACGUUUACCUAAUUCUCUAUGUCCACAAAAUGUGUCAUUUAUUUAUGUUUACGUAGUUGUUAGGUCGGACUUCUUUGAAGCAAGAACGCGAGCAAAUUAAGUCUAAGUUGCCAAUGCAACUUUUUUUUUAUUUGUUGGUUUGUUUCAGUUUCUUAUUUCGCUUGUAUUACUUGUAUCGAAAUUGUUUCUGCUUACAUACUUGUAAAUGCAUUACACAUAAAGAAAAUACAAUUGAGAAACAACAAAUCAUCCAAUUAUAUUUUUGUUUUGUUAAACAUUGGUAUUAAUCAUAUAUCUUAUGCAAUUUUAAUCUUACCUAAUAAGUGGGGCAAAACAACAAAUGUUAAUAUUAUUUACCCGUAAGUCGUUAUUUGUGCAACAAAAAUAAAAAAUGAUGUAAGCAA